UCCAAUAAUGAUAAAAUUCAGAUUCUUUCCAAUUUUUUAUUUACUAUUUUAUUUGUUCUUUUUUAAUUUCAACAUUUUUACCCCUUGGUUUUGCUCGGCGAAACCCCCACCACCAAACCCAAGACCCAACAGUCGCUGACUCUAAAGCCCCCUCCGCCGCUGGGGCCACCACUGCCAAAAUGAUAGACGGUGGUGUUUAUUACUGCGCAUAGAAAGCGACCACCAGCCUCCAUGAUUCAGAAUUAAUUGGGACAAACAUUUUAUGGGUUGGGAUUCUCGCUGAUUUCAGAAUUGUUUCUAUGGUUUUUUUUUAAUUGCUAAUUGAGUAGACCUCUCCUUCAAUUCGCUUCUUCCAAGAACAAUAAGUGGAAGCCAGAGUAAAUGUCAAAGAAAAAGAAAGGGAGACAGCUCGAAAUACAAACUGAGAAUAAAAAUUAAGCUGUUGGGGCUCGCUUCAGUUGUUAGGUCUAGCAAUGCCUACUUUGAGACUGCUAGCACCCACUCACAAGCCAUUUCUAUUGAAAUCAAGUACAGUGGGGCACCCUCUUGAGCACACCAUUCAACUCUUAAAAGUAUCAGCUGAUACCAAGAACUUAAAGUUUGGUAAAAUGAUCCAUGCCCAUUUGAUCAUAACCAAUCAGGCCACCAAAGACAACAUAGUUCAAGUCAACUCUCUCAUCAAUCUUUAUGCAAAAUGUGAUCAAAUUAUGGUCGCCCGCAUACUAUUUGACGGAAUGCGCAAGCGAAAUGUAGUCUCUUGGGGUGCUUUGAUGGCAGGAUAUUUCCAUAAUGGGCUUGUGUUGGAGGUUCUUAGAUUGUUUAAGACUAUGAUUUCAGUGGAUUAUAUGCGUCCGAAUGAGUAUAUAUUUGCUACUAUUAUUUCUUCUUGUUCUGAUAGUGGACAGGUAGUAGAGGGUUGGCAGUGUCAUGGGUAUGCUUUGAAAUCUGGAUUGGUGUUUCAUCAGUAUGUAAAGAAUGCACUUAUUUGUAUGUACUCAAGGCGGUCAGAUGUGAAAGGGGCUAUGAGUGUUUGGUAUGAAGUGCCUGGAUUGGAUGUUUUUUCCUAUAAUAUAAUUAUAAAUGGACUUUUGGAAAAUGGGUAUCCAAGUGAGGCAUUGGAAGUUUUGGAUAGGAUGGUGGAUGAGUGCAUUGUGUGGGACAAUGUCACUUAUGUUACUGCUUUUGGCCUCUGCUCUCAUCUUAAAGAUCUGAGAUUGGGCUUGCAGGUUCACUGCCGAAUGUUCAGGACAGGGGCUGAGUAUGAUAGCUUUGUUAGCAGUGCAAUCAUAGAUAUGUAUGGAAAAUGCGGUAACAUCUUGAAUGCAAGGAAAGUUUUCAAUAGGCUGCAAACUAAGAAUGUGGUCUCAUGGACGGCAAUCUUGGCUGCUUACUCUCAAAAUGGGUGCUUUGAGGAAGCAUUGAAUUUCUUUCCAGAAAUGGAAGUUGACGGUCUGCUGCCUAAUGAGUAUACUUUUGCUGUAUUGCUGAACUCCUGUGCAGGUAUAUCUGCACUGGGACAUGGGAAGCUAUUACAUACACGUAUCAAGAAGUCAGGUUUUGAGGACCAUAUUAUUGUCGGAAAUGCUUUGAUUAAUAUGUAUUCAAAGAGUGGCAGCAUUGAAGCUGCACAUAAAGUGUUCUUGGAGAUGAUAUGUCGAGACUCAAUCACUUGGAGUGCAAUGAUAUGUGGACUAUCCCAUCAUGGGCUUGGUAGAGAAGCUCUAGUUGUGUUUCAAGAAAUGUUAGCUGCCAAAGAGUGUCCUCAUUAUGUAACUUUUGUUGGGGUUCUUUCUGCUUGUGCCCAUUUGGGUUCAGUGCAGGAAGGUUUCUACUAUUUGAAUCAGUUAAUGAAACAGACAGGCAUUGAACCUGGGGUGGAGCACUAUACUUGUAUUGUUGGGCUUCUGUGUAAGGCUGGACGACUUGAUGAAGCUGAAAAUUUUAUGAAGUCUACACCAGUUAAAUGGGAUGUUGUUGCUUGGCGAACUUUGCUCAGUGCUUGUCAUGUCCAUCAGAAUUAUGGUCUGGGGAAGAAGGUGGCUGAAUUAGUCUUACAGAUGGAUCCUGGUGAUGUGGGAACAUAUAUCCUGUUAUCUAACAUGUAUGCCAAGGCAAAGAGAUGGGAUGGGGUUGUGAAGAUUCGAAAAUUAAUGAGAGAAAGGAAUGUCAAGAAGGAACCUGGGGCAAGCUGGAUAGAGAUAAGAAAUAGCAUCCAUGUCUUUGUUUCAGAAGGCAAGACGCACCCAGAGUCGAAUCAGAUUUAUGAGAAGGUUCAGGAAUUAUUAACUAUGAUAAGACCAAUGGGGUAUGUGCCAGAUAUUGCUGCAGUAUUCCAUGAUGUUGAAGAUGAACAAAAACGAGAGUAUGUUAGUUAUCACAGUGAGAAGCUGGCAAUAGCAUAUGGCCUUAUGAAAACACCUUCCGGAGCACCUAUCCGUGUCAUUAAGAACCUUAGGAUGUGUGUUGAUUGUCAUUCUGCUGUGAAACUCAUCUCGAAGGUCACAAACAGGAUGAUAAUUGUUCGAGAUGCUAACCGUUUCCAUUGUUUUGGGGAUGGAGGUUGUUCCUGUGCAGAUUACUGGUGAUGAAAUUGCAUUGCUUUUGCAGCUCAAAGGUUGAAGGGGGCCAUCAUGUUGCAGACUGUCGGAUGAAUCAACAGUUGAUAAAGUCAAAUGAUCAAUUAUGGAGAUGGCUUGAAGAUGAUGAUGCUCUGGAGCGUCCUCUUAGCAGAGAGUGGUUCCUUUUGCCAUAAGGAGUGGCUGGUGUACAAUCCACUUGUUUAAGGAUGAGAACAAACCCUGCAUAAAAUUGGGAUUGUGUUCCAUACAGAUUUUUCUGGUAUAUCAUAAGCCAUACCUUCACCCAAGGUUUCCAAAGAUGAACAUGGAACGGUUGAUGAGCUUUGAGUGGAAGCUAAAGCCGAAGCCAAAGACAAUUUUUAAGGGACAAUAUUGAUAUUGUAAAAGGAACAAAGGUAGGCGGCUUGAGUUGUGUCCAAACUUUCUUAUUGAUUCCAUCCAUUUGAUUUUGGUUAUGAAUCUUAUGAUAAGGUGGGUGAUACAUUUAGAUUUUUAUUUUUUAUAUGCCUAAUAAGUUCCCUCCUUUUUGUGUUUUUAAUUAAAAAACUUGAAAUAUCACUUGUGGAGGAAUGAAUUCAUAAAUAACAAUUAAAAUAUUCUUCUUAGUUUACCUUAGUAUUAAUCUUUACAUGUGGAUGCAUGAAUUCAUAAACAAGUAAGAUAUUUUUUUACUUUACCUUGGUUUUACAAGUGCGAAACCCUCCAUAACACAUGCAUGUCCUUCUAGCUUUGUGCUAGAGAUUUUGAAUUUCGAGGGCAACAAAGGAAGAGAUCAGAAGAUUAUUUUCCAAGAAGCUAAUUUUUUUUAUUUUAAAUCAUGAUGCACUUUAAUAUAUUUAUAAGCAUGAAAAUAAAUUGUAACAUUUUUCAAUUUUUUUAAUUUUACAAAGUUUAUUGAUAAUUUUACAUUUAUUGUAAUAUUAUAAUUUAUUUGUAAAUUUAGAACAUUUAUAACUUCUUAAUUCAUUGGUGAAUUCAUAAUUUUUGUUUGUAACCUUA